CAUCCGUCUGCGUCACAUCCGACUCCGAACGCUCAAGCUCAAAAACAUGGCGUUGCUUCUAAGGACGGUGGCCCGGCAGGGCCUGUGUUCGUCACGGUCACAGUUUGGCAUUCUCUACAGACAUGCUGUUCCAAUGGGAACCACAGCUAAAGAGGAAAUGAACAAGUUUUGGACAAAAAACACUCGACUCAACCGACCUGUUUCACCACAUAUAAGCAUCUACCGGUGGUCUGUCCCCAUGUUGUUGUCAAUCUCACACAGAGGAACAGGCGUGGGACUAAGUUCAGGAAUCUCUGCGUUUGCACUUGCCGCAUUGGUUUUACCAGAGAGUUACCCGUAUUACCUUGAUCUGAUUCACUCCAUGUCCUUUGGGCCCCAGUUCCUUGCUUUCACCAAAUUUGCUCUGGCUUUCCCAGUGGCUUUCCACACCUUCAAUGGCGUCCGUCAUCUGAUCUGGGAUGUUGGGAAGGGUUUUAAGCUUCCUGAAGUCUAUCGUUCUGGAUAUGUUGUCAUUGCUCUGACUGUUCUUGCGUCAAUUGGUCUUGCUGCCAUGUAAAUCCGUCGUCAUGAGACACAAAUGAAGAGGACGUGGAAGUAGAGAAAGUGGUGUUAUUUUGUUUAUCUGUCCUAAACGUGGUCUGCAAGGACCAAAUUCAUUAAUAUAAAAUAUAUAUAUAUACACACAAAAAAAUAUCCUCAGUGUUGUUUUUUUCUUCAUGUUGAAUCCCUUGCAGCUGAAGGCGUGACACAUGGAACUUGGCAUUUGCAAUGAACCUUUUCAGCAAUCGUAUGAAAAUAUUCAGGAAUGAUCUUAGCAUUUCCUAAACCAUUUGCCUCGUUUAACUGUGUCACUGAAGUAUUUCCACUUCCAGAAAUGUUGACCUGGGCUUGAUUUCACUUCAGUUUUGGGAUAAAGAAACCACUUUGGGUAACAAAGGCCCUUAACAAAUGAAACCUCUAGACUCAGGACAAUCGAAGCUCCUAGCAGUUCUAGAUUCUUAUGCAUUUAUGUGAUUUUCUCCCAUUGUGACUCGUACGAAGCACCAUAAAGUUUCUCUCCAUUAGCAUUUGCAUCUGUAAUGAUACUAUGUUUUAGGAUAAUGCAUAUUAAACAUUUAUAUGCGCUGCCUUCUUGUGUCAUGAUGAUGGUAAUUAUAAUGUUUCAUGGUAACCAAUAAUAAGAGAGUGUGAUUAGAAUCUUGUUAAUAAUUUAAAUAAACCCAAAUGUUGCUGGCU